CGCCGCCAUUUUCCCAGAGCGAGAGGCAGUGACACUGAGCGGGCGCAGGGGGCCGAGUCGGCGACCGUGCUUGAGUUCGGGAGCGGCCACAGAGGGGGCAUAGACAAGCUGAGCAGCCUCGCCGUCGCCUCUGCGUUCCUGUUGACUGACUGGGUGUCCCCUCCCCUACUCUUUGGCUGCUGGUGAAGAGGCUGCGCGCUGCUGUUUGGGGAGGGGGUGUGUGGAACUGGGUCCUGUGUCCGCAGUGGCUGCUGUCUGGGGGUCGCCUGAUCGCGGAGGUGUGGAGAGCCUCCUCGGGGGUCAAGCAGAUAACGGGGUUCGGGUGUCUGGUGUGUGAACAUCACAGGUCUGUUCUGGAUAGCAGGUUUUGUGAAGACAUUAAAUCUUUCUUGGACCUCAGAUUUCCCAGACAUCUCAUGGAUUUGUGGAUGCACUUAGAUGUUUGCAAUGAGCACUGUGGCUGGCAUGCCCCAGUGUUUUGGAUACCAAUGCAUAGGACUCCAUAGUAAUCGAAUUUACCAGAGGCGAACGUCAUGAGCAUAGUGAUCCCAUUGGGGGUUGAUACAGCAGAAACGUCAUAUUUGGAAAUGGCUGCAGGCUCAGAACCAGAAUCCGUAGAAGCUAGCCCUGUGGUAGUUGAGAAAUCCAACAGUUAUCCCCACCAAUUAUAUACCAGCAGCUCGCAUCAUUCACACAGUUAUAUUGGUUUGCCCUAUGCGGACCAUAAUUAUGGUGCUCGUCCUCCUCCAACACCUCCGGCUUCCCCUCCUCCAUCAGUUCUUAUUAGCAAAAAUGAAGUAGGCAUAUUCACCACUCCUAAUUUUGAUGAAACUUCCAGUGCUACUACAAUCAGCACAUCUGAGGAUGGAAGUUACGGUACUGAUGUAACUAGGUGCAUAUGUGGUUUUACACAUGAUGAUGGAUACAUGAUCUGUUGUGACAAAUGCAGUGUUUGGCAACAUAUUGACUGCAUGGGGAUUGACAGGCAGCAUAUUCCUGAUACGUAUCUGUGUGAACGUUGUCAACCUAGGAGUUUGGAUAAAGAGAGGGCAGUGCUACUACAACGCCGGAAAAGGGAAAAUAUGUCAGAUGGUGAUACCAGUGCAACUGAGAGUGGUGAUGAGGUUCCUGUGGAAUUAUAUACUGCAUUUCAGCAUACUCCAACAUCAAUUACUCUAACAGCUUCAAGAGUUUCCAAGGUUAAUGAUAAAAGGAGGAAAAAGAGUGGGGAGAAAGAACAAAACAUUUCAAAAUGUAAAAAAGCCUUUCGUGAAGGAUCUAGGAAAUCAUCAAGAGUUAAGGGUUCAGCUCCAGAGAUUGAUCCUUCAUCUGAUGGCUCAAAUUUUGGCUGGGAGACAAAAAUCAAAGCAUGGAUGGAUCGUUAUGAAGAGGCAAAUAAUAACCAGUAUAGUGAGGGUGUCCAGAGAGAGGCCCAAAGAAUAGCGCUGAGGUUAGGCAAUGGGAAUGACAAAAAAGAUAUAAAUAAGUCAGAUUUGAAUACCAACAAUUUGCUCUUCAAACCUCCUGUAGAGAGCCACAUACAAAAAAAUAAGAAAAUUCUGAAAUCAGUUAAAGACUUGCCUCCUGACGCACUUAUCAUUGAAUACAGAGGAAAAUUUAUGCUAAGAGAACAGUUUGAAGCAAAUGGAUAUUUCUUUAAGAGGCCUUACCCUUUUGUUUUAUUCUACUCUAAAUUUCAUGGGCUAGAAAUGUGUGUUGAUGCAAGGACUUUUGGGAAUGAGGCUCGGUUCAUCAGGCGUUCUUGUACUCCCAAUGCAGAGGUAAGGCAUGAAAUUGAGGAUGGAACCAUACAUCUUUACAUUUAUUCUAUACAAAAUAUUCCAAAAGGAACUGAAAUUACAAUUGCCUUUGACUUUGACUAUGGAAACUGUAAGUACAAAGUGGAUUGUGCAUGCCUCAAAGAAAAUCCAGAGUGCCCUGUUCUGAAACGUAGUUCUGAAUCCACUGAAAACAUCAACAGUGGUUAUGAAACCAGAAGGAAGAAAGGAAAAAAAGAAAAGGACACUGCAAAAGAAAAAGACACACAAAAUCAGAAUAUUACUUUAGAUUGUGAAGGAACAACCAACAAAAUGAAGAGCCCAGAAACUAAACAGAGAAAACUUUCUCCACUGAGACUAUCAGUAUCAAAUAAUCAGGAACCAGAUUUUAUUGAUGAUAUAGAAGAAAAAACUCCUAUUAGCAAUGAAGUAGAAAUGGAAUCAGAGGAGCAGAUUGCAGAGAGGAAAAGGAAGAUGACAAGAGAAGAAAGGAAAAUGGAAGCAAUUCUGCAAGCUUUUGCCAGACUUGAAAAAAGAGAGAAAAGAAGAGAACAAGCUUUGGAAAGAAUCAGCACAGCCAAAACUGAAGUUAAAACUGAAUGUAAAGAUGCACAGAUCACCAGUGAUGCUGAAGUUAUUCAGGAACAAGCAAAAGAAGAAACUGCUAGCAAGCCAACCCCUGCCAAAGUGAAUAGAACUAAACAGAGAAAAAGCUUUUCUCGGAGUAGAACUCACAUUGGACAGCAGCGUCGGAGGCACAGAACUGUUAGCAUGUGUUCAGAUAUCCAGCCAUCUUCUCCUGAUAUAGAAGUUACUUCACAACAAAAUGAUAUUGAAAGUACUGUACUUGCUAUAGAACCAGAAACUGAAACUGCCCUAGCAGAAAUAAUUACCGAAACAGAAGUUCCAGCACUUAGUAAAUGUCCUACAAAGUACCCCAAAACAAAGAAGCACUUAGUCAAUGAAUGGUUAAGUGAGAAGAAUGAGAAGACAGGAAAACCUUCAGACAGCCUUUCAGAAAGGCCUUUGCGCAUAACUACAGAUCCUGAAGUGUUGGCUACACAGCUCAAUUCUUUACCGGGUCUCACUUACAGUCCUCAUGUAUAUUCUACUCCUAAGCAUUACAUUAGAUUUACUUCGCCAUUCCUUUCUGAGAAAAGGAGAAGGAAAGAACCAACUGAAAACAUUUCUGGCUCGUGCAAGAAGCGAUGGUUGAAACAAGCUCUAGAAGAAGAAAACUCAGUGAUUUUACAUAGAUUUAGUUCAGCCUGUCAAGAAAGAUCCAGAAGUCCUACGGUGAAUGGUGAAAAUAAAAGUCCACUACUAUUAAAUGACAACUGCUCUCUCCCAGAUUUAACUACACCACUGAAGAAACGAAGACUUUAUCAGUUGCUAGAGUCUGUUUACUCAGAAACCUCCACACCCACUCCUUCACCAUAUGCUACACCAACUCACACAGAUGUUACUACGGACCCAUCAUUUGCUACCCCUCCACGGGUAAAAUCAGAUGACGAAGCUUGUAGAAAUGGUUACAAGCCCAUAUAUUCACCAGUUACCCCAGUAACACCUGGGACACCAGGAAAUACCAUGCACUUUGAGAAUAUUUCUUCCCCAGAAAGUUCUCCAGAAAUUAAGAGACGCACUUAUAGUCAAGAGGGAUAUGAAAGAUCUUCAACCAUGUUAACGUUGGGGCCUUUUAGAAAUUCUAAUUUAACUGAACUGGGUCUGCAAGAAAUAAAAACUAUUGGCUAUACCAGCCCUAGGAGUAGAAUUGAAGUCAGUAGGCAGUGCCCUGGAGAAAAGGAAUCAGUGUCAGACCUGCAACUGGGACUCGAUGCAAUCGAGCAAACUGCCUUACAUAAAACCAUGGAAACACCCACACACGACAGGACUGAUGCUAAUAGCCAACUGGACUCUGCCCAUUCUGGACGGGGCACGAUAUAUUCUUCUUGGGUAAAGAGUCCUGACAGAACAGGAGUUAACUUCUCGGUAAACUCAAAUUUGAGGGACCUGACUCCCUCACAUCAACUGGAGGUUGGAGGAGGCUUCCGAAUAAGUGAGUCAAAGUGCCUGAUGCAGGAUGAUACUAGAGGCAUGUUUAUGGAAACAUCUGUGUUUUGUACUUCAGAAGAUGGGCUUGUCUCUGGUUUCGGACGGACUGUUAAUGACAAUUUGAUGGAUGGAAAUUGUACACCCCAGAAUCCACCACAAAAGAAAAAGGUUUCUCUAUUAGAAUACCGUAAAAGACAACGUGAAGCUAGGAAAAGUGGCUCUAAGGCAGAACACUUUCCACUGGUUAACAUAUCACCUCAUGCAAGUGGAAACUUAAACCACAACAGUGGUGAUGGGUGUGCCAACAGAAGUGAAAAUGGGGAGCAGGGAGAGAGCACGACUAGCCUACCUUUGCCCACGCCAACUGUAGUUUAUAAUACUACUUCAGAAGAAAGCAGCAAUAACUGUUCUGUUAAGGAAGCUUCUGCCAGUGAGAAAAAUGAACCAGAAGUUCAAUGGACUGCUUCAACUUCAGUGGAACAAGUGAGAGAAAGGAGUUAUCAGCGAGCUUUGCUUCUCAGUGAUCACCGAAAAGAUAAAGACAGUGGGGGAGAAUCACCAUGUGUCCCAUGUUCACCGAGUCAUGUUCCGUCUUCACCUUCAUCUCAUUCAAAUCACAUUCCUCAGUUGCAACUCAAGGGCCCAGUCCCUUCUUUCAGUGAACGUAUAGAAGAUCCUGACCCAGAAGUUCCAGAACUCACAGUAACAAAUGAAUGUCCAUCCCCAGAUACUUCUCAAAAUAUUUGUAAAAGCCCUUCAAAAGUGAGCAAGUCUGGUUCACCAGGACCUGUAAUUUCUACUCAACCACUUGGGAGAACACUCACAAAAACAGAUUCCCAUUGGGAGACGACAGUUAUUGUAUCAGAAGCUGAGAAUAGUGUUCACCUGAAAACAGAGCUGCCACAGAAACAAUUAAGCAACACCCAAGCACUUUCCAAGAAUCAUCCUCCUCAGCAACUUGUUCGCAAUUCAUCUGAGCAACUUUCACAAAAGCUGCCUUCUGCACCAAUGAAGCUGCACUGUCCUCCAUCGCCUCACGUGGAAAACCCUCCAAAGUCAUCCACACCUCACACAACUACACAGCAUGGGUACCUUUCACCAAAGCCUCCUUCACAGCAAUUAGGAUCACCUUACAGGCCUCAUCAUUCACAGUCACCCCAAGUCGGAACACCUCAGCGAGAGCCUCAGAGAAAUUUUUAUCCAGCAGCACAGAACCUUCAAGCCAAUACCCAGCAGGCGACUUCCGGAGCAUUGUUCACACAGACACCCUCAGGACAAUCUUCAGCAACAUACAGUCAGUUUAACCAACAGAGUCUGAACAGCACUGCACCGCCCCCUCCACCUCCUCCGCCACCUUCUUCAUCAUCUUAUUAUCAAAACCAGCAGCCCUCUGCAAACUUUCAGAAUUACAAUCAGCUUAAAGGUAGUCUUUCCCAGCAAACUGUGUUUACAUCAGGACCAAACCAAGCACUUCCUGGCACUACAAGCCAGCAAACAGUUCCAGGACACCAUGUUACUCCGGGGCAUUUUUUGCCUUCUCAGAACCCUACUAUUCUCCAUCAAACUACUGCUGCUGUUGUCCCGCCCCCUCCACCACCACCACCUGCUCCAGGACCACACCUCGUCCAGCCCCCAAAUUCCCAUCAGCAACACUCUGUAACACAUGUAGUAGGGCCUGUUCAUGCUGUCACCCCUGGCUCGCAUAUUCAUUCUCAGACUGCUGGCCACCAUCUACCACCACCCCCUCCACCUCCUGGUCCUGCCCCUCAUCAUCACCCACCACCCCCCCUUCCUUCCACAGGACUCCAAGGUCUACAAGCACAACACCAGCAUGUUGUCAAUUCAGCACCUCCCCCUCCCCCUCCUCCUCCUCCUUCCAGUGUUUUGGCUUCUGGGCACCACACCACUUCAGCUCAAGCCUUACACCAUCCACCUCAUCAAGGACCUCCACUUUUUCCUACAAGUGCUCAUCCAGCUGUACCACCGUAUCCCUCACAAGCUACACACCACACCACUUUGGGACCGGGACCCCAACACCAGCCUUCUGGAACAGGGCCACAUUGUCCAUUACCAGUUGCAGGUCCUCACCUCCAGCCCCAAGGACCAAACAGUAUUCCAACGCCUACUGCUUCAGGGUUCUGUCCGCAUCCUGGCUCUGUGGCCCUACCACAUGGGGUUCAAGGACCUCAGCAGGCAUCUCCAGUGCCUGGACAGAUUCCCAUUCACAGAGCACAGGUGCCACCAACAUUUCAGAACAAUUACCAUGGUUCAGGGUGGCAUUAAAAUGGACUCCAAAAACAUUUUUUAAAAUGUUCUGUAAGAUAAAUUGUAUAUUUCAUAUGUACCUAUUAAGGUACUUUUUAAAGCUUGUACAUGAAACUUUGUAUAAAAAAAAAAAAACCAAACACCAGUGCUCUUUCAUUGUAUUUUUCCCAUCUUUGCUUUUUAAAAUUCCUUAAAAAAUGUGCUGUUAAGCCAGUAUUAGGUAUCUUUAUUUUGUAAGUGAACAUUCCAGCUGAUUUUCUGGCAGUAGGUUUGAUGCUACAUGAUCUUAAAUUUUAUUGUUGCAGUUAAAUUCAUUUAGUGAAUGUUUUCUCUAUUAUUUUAUACAUACACAUUAAGUACACAGCUAAGUAAUGGCACUAUGAGGAUUUUUUUUCUGUCAGCGGUUCUGUGAGUGCAUCUUAGGUAUAAAAAUGCAAUACAGAUUCUUAUGGUUUGGUGUGGACAUGGCUCUUUGUUUUAUCGGUUAUUUGCAAGCAAAAUGUAAUUUAAUGUAUAGAUGAUUUUUAAUGUCUCCUGACAAACUGUAAAUACUGCAUUUCUUUUGCGUACAUAAUUGCUUACAGCUUUUCUCAUUUGGUAUAUAGCAUUGUACAUAUGACAAGUCUUUGCAAACUGUGUGAUCUUUGUGAAAGUAGUACAGUAUAUGGCCUUUAAUUUCUUUUUUAUUUUAAAUAUACUGUCACAUUGAAGCACUGGUUGGGCAUUUUAAUUCAUGUUAAUAAAUCACAAUUAUGUCAGUUUUACCAAAUUGUCCUGUACAACUUCUAAGACUGCAGUCUAUCCAAAUGCAUUUCAGCUAUUUAUAAGGAGCCUUCUGCAUUUUCUCAAUGACUGCUACCUCAAUUGAACCAUAGUAAGCAUCACUGUCUACCUGUCAUUUUUGCAGGAACCAGAGCCAUGGGGAAGUCUGCUAUUUACAUUCAAUAACAUCUGACAUUUAUACAAAAAGUACCCAUACCACUAAAGCAUUACACGCGAUACAGUUUACAACUGUUUGAAAAUAUGGACUAGUUUGGCUAAAAACCAGUAUCAUUUGUACACCUGAUUGAAGUUCCCUAUUAAUCAGAUUACAUUUUAAAAUUCUGAAGGAAAAAGCUGUUAUUCAAUGAAAUGAAGAUGGUCUCUCACAUGAAACACCUUAUUGCAAUAUAAAAUACUCUGGAAAAAUAAUUUUCUCCUUACACCUCAAAGAAGUAUUAAAUGAUAGUACAGUAUUUGUCAACAUAUUUUCUAUCAUCCAGUUAACUUGACAAAUUUGGCACAGUAAAGUUCUGCACACCAGAGGAAAAAGAUUACAGUGACUAAGAUUUGGCAGUAAUAGAAGUCACGUUAUAUAUUUUUUUUUCCCCAAAGAAAAAAAAUCAGUUAAUGGUGGUACAUUACCAGAGCUGCACUUAGGCCUCAAUCUUGAACAGCUUCAAGUUUUAAAAGAACUUAAGUCAACUUUGCCAUCCUGGACAACUUCACUUACAAUAUUCACUGAAAAAACAGUUGGCCAAGAAAAGAUGGCUUUAUAUUAUCCAUUCUUUAACAAUUUCAUCAAACACAGACUAGAAUUAACUAGUAUAGCCAAGUGUCAGUAUUUACCUACUUUAAAGUCUAUCUUUUCUAGGCAUUUAAGUUCUCAUUUUAAAUUUGCUUGCUACAUAAUGUAUACAUUUACAUAAGUUUUUGUGUAAGUUGCAUACCUAUACCAAAAUUUGAUUUAAAGUCAUUUUAAAAAGAAAAUAAGAUUUUUAUCAACCAGUAGAAACAGUAUUGACAGUUCUCUACUCAAGCAGAAAGGGUUUAUCCUGUUCACUAGUUACCGUGUUCUAAAAGGGUUAUGCUUUUUUUCAAACUCCUAUAUCCACUUUUUCUCCGCCUGUGGGCAGUUCUAACUUCUAGACAGCCAGCUUCUCAAUCUGCUAUAAUCAUAUAACAUGAUCCACUGCUUGUCAUUUUCCUGAAGACUCCAACUAGACUAGGAAAAAGAAAAGACAGUACAUUCAACUACAGUCACUAGGCUGACUACAGUGUAUUGCCUAGCCAGUGGUUUUGCUUUAAGUGACAGGCAUUCAUCAUCAUCAUGACAACAAGAAUCUGCUAAAAAAAAAAAAAAAAACACUUAUCUGUAAUACAAAUUAGACAACCUUCCAGAGCAAUCGUUUCCACAUUAUAAAUGACACAGGCUCUUUUAUCAUAAGGGAGAGACCAUUAAACUUUAUAACAGUCAAGUUUAUUUCUAACACGAGCCAAAACCGCAUGAGGCUAAUUUUAUUCAAGUGCAGUAUAUCCCUGAAAAAAUUCUUAAGAGACAUGGGAAGACAUAAAUGUACUUUGUGACUCUUACAAGAAUGAUUCCUAUGAAAACUGUGGACUGCAUCACCGGUCUACAGUCACCUGCUGUAGAAUCCACAGUGUAAGGUACAGCUUCAUUAGAAAAACUUAAUAUGCGGAUCUCACACAUGACUAAGUGGAACAUUCCACUCAGCAUUAUGUGAUGGAAUGCUAACUACUAAAGUUGUUUGUCUUGUUCCCUCACAAUGAAUAUUGUGAAAAAAGAAAACUUGCAAUGCACAAACUAAAUUAUGUUGCUGGUGAAAUGUACAUUACAAAGGAUCACUUAAAAUCUAGCAAAUUAAUCUAAAACAUAGCAUCUACUCUAAGUCCAUAGUCUACUCCCAAAAACCGAAGAAUGAUUUCCUUGUAAUAAACCUUAAUGAGUGUCAUACAACUCCAUUUCCUGCAACAGGACUGUUGAUAGUUCUUUAGUUUGGGGUUACACUAUACUAAAAAGCUAUUUGUUGAUUCUACACUUCAAAUACAGGCCAAUGACCAAGGCAUUCUCUGGG